AGUUGGUAGCAGCGUGUAUGGACAGUUUGGCAUUUUGUGAUGUGAGGAUUUUUGUUGAAAGUUUUUUUAAUGGAAUAAUACACAAAUCCUUAAAAGCAAUUGAUGUCGUUUAGAAGCUUUUAUAAUAAUAACUUCAAAUACAAAGAAACAGAUUACUAUGCAAUGUCUUGGAGACCCAGAAUAGCCUGUAUGCGUCCCUUCAAAUUUGGUUAAGAGAUGAAAAUAAAAAAUGAUGGAAUGCAAAUAAAAACAUUAGAACAUAUGUGAUGUGAAACAUAAUUUAGUGCUAUUAAAAUAAAAGGAAUGACUAUAAAUAAAUAGUGUUGAUCUCAAUAGAUUAUAAUACUGGUAAAAGACUUGAUAAGUGAAUGGUAGUAGUGUUAGUGCAACAUGAAAGGAAGGGGUAUGUGAUAAAAGUGCGAAAUGAUCAAGGAAAAACCCGAAAAAAGUUCGGAUACAACAAAAGAUGAAGCUGGCAGUUCAGAUAAGGAAACUGCUAGCACAGAAGUACGAGUUAAGAAAGAGGAUGAGACUACCGUUAAAAAAGAACCUUGUGCGGGACCUAUUACUAAAAACGGGGGUAUUGUUGGUUCAACGAAUACAGGUUCCUUACAGACAACACUGGAUCGAAAACCUGAAAUACAUUCAGAGGACUCAUUAAGUGUUCCCAGUACUGACAAUAGUUCACUGCCCCUUAAACAAGAAGAUUGUAUAGAUGGGGAGUUAGGAGGAGAUGCAUUUGGACUGGGGUUGCCUACUACUGGAGGUAGUUCACAUCCACAACCUCCAGAAGGAGUGCAACCCCUAGUUAGUAAUGUUAUAAGUAAGCAACCUAAUUCUAUGGAAGUAAACUAUAUGCAACAACAAAGCCAGAUCUUUGUAUUUUCUACCAUGUUGGCCAAUUCAGGUGCAGAUGAAGUACUGCAAGGUAGAUAUCCAUCAAUAAUUGCUUAUCAUUGUGCCCAACCUGGUACUAAGAAGUACUUGGAGAAAAACCCACUUAAGGUAACCCAGUUUAAUAGACAAAAUCCAGCACAGUGGCUUUCAAACAUUGCAAUGAUGAAAAAUAAAAGUUGUACAAGAAGCCCAGGACUUGGGCCAAAACCUCCCACUACUUUAGUAGAUAAUUUUCUGGGACCUGACCCAUUAGAUGAUAUGGUAGGUUUGGAUGAAACAAAUAUACCAUGGGAUACAAAAAAUAAUCACUUAGAAGGUUUAGAUGCUGCCGUUUCUAAUGGAUUACCUGAUGUGGUGCCUGAUAUGGAUGCUUGCAGUCCUUCCUUAGCAAAUGUUCAACCCUCACUGCAGGGUGUCAAAGUGCCUGACGAGAAUCUCACCCCCCAACAACGGCAACACCGAGAAGUACAAUUGGCAACAAUAAGGAAAAUGCAACAAAUGUUAUUUCCUGAAAGUCAAAGUAUAGAUGGAGUGCCUAGUGGAGGGAGUGCCGGAGGUGGAAAUGGUCCUGGGGCAGGAAACAAUGGACCUCCUGAUCCAACUAUUCCUUCAGGAGCUGCAGCACCCCCUGGUGGUGGGCAAUCAGAAUGGCAAAAGUUACAUCAAUUUUAUGAUGAUCCUAAAAGAAAACAAGGUCCUGGUCCUGUAGUUCCAGUGGGUCCAGUAAGUGGUGGUAGUACUGGUCCAAAUAUGCCAGUGGGAAGUGGGGGACCAACAGUAAUGCCUAGAGGUGUUCCUGGGCCAGGGCCGAGAUUACAAGGACCUCCUCCUCCAUAUCACCAAACACCUCGUUCAGCCAGUGUUCCCAUAGCAUUACAAAGUCCUAAUCCUACAUCUCCUAAUAAUCCUACUUCUAAUUUAUCUUUACCAUCACCUAGAGCUUCAUCAGCUCUAAAUUCGCCUGCAGAUCCAAAUAGACCUUUUGGAUUAAGUAGGCAUAUGAGUACUGGACAAAGCCCUACCUCACAAGAUUCUCCCUCUGCACCAAGACUUAAUCAUAGUAACCCUAGUACACCUUUAUCAUCACAUCACCUGUCUCCCAGUGUAACUAGUAGUAGUACUGAACCAAUUUCUACCCAUCAGUCUACAGUAGAUGGCAUGUUUGGUAGAACUUUGCAAUCCAUGGCACAACAAAAACAACAAAUUAGUACUUCAACCACCUCCUGUGCAACAACACCAACAUCAGGUGUUGGUAAAGAACCAAACCUCAUGCCUGUACCUUCCCCACAACAAAUACAGUAUCUUAACACAUUUGAAGGGCAAGAACUGAUAAUCCAGAAGCAGCCAAAUACAAGUUUAAAAGAAGGAAACAUCAUAUCACCUCCAGUCAUACCUACAACAAUGGACAGUGGUUUUCCAGUUACAACGCCAGAUCUUCCACAUUCAAGGGUCUCAGGUCCAAACACUCCUACCUCAAUUGAUGUAGGUCCCCGAUUUCCUCCCACCCCUUCGGAGGGAUGUCGCUUCCAGAUACCCAGUCCUCAUACACCCACUGCCGUAACAGCAGGUGAUAAGCAACCUCAACGACUUGCUGGAGCUCCAGGUUUAAGUCCACAAACUGUUCCUGGUCCAAAUUCGGAUCCAUUGAAAACUGAUUUAUUUCCAACUCCAAGUCCGCACAUGAUGGAUGUACCGAGGUUUCCAGGACCAAAUGCUUCUCCAGGUGCUAAAAUGGGAGGAGGUUUUGUCAAUUUAUCACCUCAAGCCAAACCGUUGGAUAUGCCUAAUUACGGAUGUGUUAGAGGAGACAAUGUUCCUUUAAAUCCUAACUGCACAAGUACGAUGUCUGGUAAUCCUAAAGUAUCGCAUUUUGAUCCGAUUUCUUCAUUGGCCCAAAUGAGUCAACAGUUAACCAACAGUGUAGCAAGUUCUCUGAAUGGUCAGGGAAAUCAAGGUCCUCCAAUGAUGAGUUUUGGUUCACCCUCAAUGCAUAUGAUGGACAUGGGCGGAUGCCAUGGAAUGAACGAUAUGGAUCAAGGUGCAGGAGGUAUGAUGGGCAUGCCAAUGCAAGGUCCUCCCCACGGAUUUCAUCCAAAUUCUCCGAUGGGACCCAUACGCUCUCUUUCGCCUAAACUUUCAGGUGCCUUUCCAAAUCAUAUGCCUAUGCCGAGGAUGAUGGGACGCCCCCCAGGGCCAAAUCCUUAUAAUGGAGCGAAUGUCCAAGUCAAGCCUAAUGCACCAAAUACUAUACAGUAUUUACCGGCAAAAUCUCAAGUAGGACAGGCUCCUGCUCCAAGAGGACCACCUAUUGUAGAUUUUCUGGCACGUCUUGCGACUCCUAUGAAUAUGAUGGAAUCUAAAAUGCAAUCACAAAAUAUGCAAUAUUUCUCUUCUUGUGGUCCCAAUAAUGGACCUAUGCAAGGUGGUCCGAUGCCUCCACAUAUGGGACAUAUGGAAGGACCUAUGUCUCAGGACGGAGGAAUGGGUCCAAUGAGUAUGAGUAGUCAUAUGGGCAACGGACCUGGACCUAUAGGUGGUCCAAUGGGUGGAAAUAUGGGAAUGCCAUCGGGUAUGAUACCCAUGAUGAGAGGUCCUAUGAGACCACCAAUGGGUAUGAGAAUGCCACAGAUGGUUUUCAAUGGACCACCUGGAGGUCCAGAUCCAAUGUUCAAUCCCGGCCCUAAUAUGGGUAAUCCAUCUGCGCAAAUGUUUGUUAGCGGACCCAAAGGCAGUCCAAUGGGUAUGGGCGCCCCAGAUGCCAGUCAACCUCUUCCUCCUUCAAUGGGACAAAAUAAUAGCUUUAAAAGUUCACCUUUUGUGUGUCCUACAACAGCUGAUCCCAACUAUGCACAACAGUUUCACAACUUCCAGCAACAAUUAUAUGCUACUGGUACUCGCAGUCAAAUGGGCGGACAGACAAUGGGUCCUGGUCCCGGACCGCCACAUAUGCAACAGCCUCCUUACUACAAUCCCAAAUAGCAAAUAUGGUGCUGAGGGUAUGAAUCAGAGAAUUUUGUUUUAUUUUUGAUAUUACUAAUGAGUAAUCCGGCAAUAAUAAAAUGUGAGAUUGAGUUGUAUAUUAAGUGUUACGCAUCGAAUUCAAGUGCAGUUAAAGGUCGUGUAAAAAGUUGCCUGCCUGAAGGCUCAGUUCGCCUAAAUACUUAAUGCUAUUCUGGAUUUGUAUAUUUGCCAUAAAUCAACUAGAAAGACUUAGUAAUAAUAAUUAAGUGUUGGACUUGCUUUAGUCCUUUUAAAGACGGAGGUUUCACUAUUGCUCAUUAAUUUGUUUCUAUCCUGUUAUUCGUUUAUUGUACAUUUUAUGAGUAUGAUAACAAUAAAAUUCUAUAUUAUA